AUGGAAAGCAACAAGGAUGAGGCAAUUAAGGCGAAAGAAAUGGCGGAGCAGAAGUUGGCAGAAAAUGACAUAUUGGGAGCCAAGAGAUUUGCUUCCAAGGCUCAGAGUCUGUUUCCCAGACUUGAAGGCCUUUCGCAGAUUCUACAAACACUCAAUAUUUAUGCUGCUGCUGAGAGAAAGGUGAAUGGAGAAUUGGACUGGUACAAGAUCCUCGGAGUGCAUCCCCUGGCUGAUGCUGAGACAAUCAAGAAACAGUAUCGGAAAUUGGCACUGGCUCUCCACCCUGAUAAGAACAAGGCAGUUGGGGCAGAUGGCGCAUUUAAGAUUCUCUCUGAAGCAUGGAGUUUGCUCUCUGAUAAGGUUAAGCGAGCUGCUUAUGAUGAGAAGCAGAACAUAAGGGCAUUGUAUCAAAAGGGUGCUGGUCAGAAUCCACCAGGUGGCGUCAAGGAGUAUGGUAAUGAAAAUUUUACCAACACAUCAUCAACCGUGAGUAAGCCUUCUGUUCCAGUUAAUACCCAGACUGAUUCUGCACCUCCUACAGCUACCUUUUGGACUCAAUGCACAAGAUGUCUUAUAAAGUAUCAGUAUUUGGCUGAGCACCGAAACUGUAUUCUUGUCUGUUAUAAGUGUCUUCAGCCCUUUAUGGCAGCAGAGAUGCCUUCUCUACCCGUGAAUAACAACCCUACAUCCACCCCAAGGUCCCAGUACCCACAAGAACAAGGUAGCCAUCCUGGUAACAAUGCUUCCUCUGAUUCUGGAAGAAAUUUCCCUCCGAUCCCAAAAACUGAACCUCUUGGGUUUCCAGGUGUUGGCUUGAACAAUAAGGCAAAUGUUCCACAGGGUUCAUCUUUCAAAUUUGGUGGUUCAGGAAGUAUGUCUACACCGGCUACUGCUGCUGCUCAACCUGCGACUGUCCCACAGGGUUCAUCUUUCGUAUUUGGUGGUUCUAGAAAUAUGUCUACUCCAGCCACUGCUGCUGCGCAACCUGCAAAGGUUCCACAGGAUUCAUCUUUCAAAUUUGGUGGUUCCAGAAGUAUGUCUACACCGGCCACCACCGCUGCUGCUCAACCUGCGACUGUGUCAGAGGGUUCAUCUUUCGUAUUUGGUGGUUCCAGAAGUAUGUCUACACCAGCCACCGCUGCUGCCCAACCUGCAAAGGUUCCACAGGAUUCAUCUUUCAAAUUUGGUGGUUCCAGAAGUAUGUCUACACUGGCCACCACCGCUGCUGCUCAACCUACAUUUACUUUCCAGCGGAUGGGUGAAAAUUUAAAGAGAGGACGCGAAGAGGCUGCUACUGGUAAAGUGCAUAAAGAGUUCCUGAAAAGAGAUCCUUCUAAGAAGUCUGAUUCUGGUUCACCAUCUUAUAAUGUCUCCAGUUCUGGUAAAGUAGAUAAGACAGCAAAGAAGAGACGCGUUGAUCAACAUAAAGCAAGAGUCGCUGGGAAAGAUGUAAAGACUCGGGCCCGGGGAGUUAGUGGACGUGGAAAUUCUCGUGGAAAUCAAAUGGCUAAGUCUGGAGCAGAGAAAGUUGACAACUUGCCGAAGAGUUUAAGGGAACUGUCGCAGUCAGAAAUCCGAGAGAUGCUGAUGGUAAAGGCAAGGACCGAAAUCCGCAAGAAGUUACAGCAGUGGAAUGUGGCUGCUGUACAGAAGUCUUCAGAUGCAACUGCCUCCAUGAGUACCCCCAAGCCAGAUGCACUGGGAAGCUUGCCUUCUGCUUCAAUUACUGGCUCUAACACAGAAGCUGCUGCCAUUGUGACAAUGGAUGUCCCUGAUCCAGAGUUCUACGAUUUUGACAAAGACAGGGUGGAGAAAUCAUUUACCAAGAACCAGGUUUGGGCUUCUUAUGACAACGAGGAUGGUAUGCCUCGUUUUUAUGCAUUUAUUCAUAAAGUGUUGUCCAGAGAGCCCUUCGAAGUUCAGAUUAGUUGGUUACAUUCCAAAAGCAGCAGCGAAUUUGGUCCAAAAAAAUGGGUGGGCCGUGGAUUUGCAAAAACUUGUGGAGUUUUCAGAAUUGGCAAAUAUGGAGUGAAUAAGGCACUCAAUUCUUUUUCGCACAGGGUUAGUUGGAACAAAGGUGCAAAGGGGGUUAUUCAAAUAGUUCCAAAAAAGGGAGAUGUCUGGGCUUUAUAUAGGAACUGGUCUUCUGAUUGGGACGAGCUCACUCCAAAUGAUGUCAUACGUCAGUAUGAUAUGGUUGAAGUGCUUCAAGACUACAAUGAGGAGCAAGGUGUUGCUGUUGCUCCAUUAGUCAAAACUGCAGGUUUCAGGUCUGUAUUUCACCGGCAUUUGGACAAAAAUAAGAUCUACAAAAUUCCAAGAGAAGAGAUGUUCCGGUUUUCUCAUCAGGUAGCUUCGUACCUACUUACUGGUCAAGAAGCUCAAGCUGCCCCAAAGGAUUGUCGUGAACUAGAUACAGCAGCUAUGCCUUUGGAACUUCUCCAGGUUCUAAAAGAAGCCAAGGAGGGAGAAGUUGGAAAAAUAGCUGAUGAAGUGACUGCAACAGGAAAUGUGGAUGCAACACCGAGUACAGAAGAUGUCAAACAUGUUGAACCACAACCAAUUUUGGUGUACUCGAGGAGAUCCAGGGGAAGCAGGUAG